AUGACUUUCCCCACCCGCAAGAUUGCUGGUCAAGAUGUUUCUGCGAUUAGCUUUGGAGUCAUGAGUAUGGGCGGGGCAUAUGGGACAUUUGAGGGUGACGACGAAGCGCGAUUCAAAGUGCUCGACGCUGCCUUUGAUGCCGCGCAAGGCUGCACACCUAUGUUCGAUACCGCUGAUAUAUACGGAGACGCUGAAGACCUCCUUGGUAAUUGGUUCAAGCGGACCGGAAAGCGCGACAAAGUCUUCCUCGCCAGUAAAUUUGGCUUUAUUGCGUUCACUGGCGACAAGGUCAUCGAUGGAAGUCCUGCAUAUGCUCGUCAAGCCCUUGAGAAGUCCAUCAAGAGAAUGCAAGUCGACUGCAUUGACCUCUACUACCUCCACCGCGCAGACCGGGACGUGCCCAUUGAGCAUACGAUCCGCGCUAUGGCAGAGUUUGUCAAAGAGGGCAAAGUCAAAUAUCUUGGCCUUUCAGAGGUUUCUGUGUCGACGCUUCGGCGCGCACACGCUGUCCACCCCAUUGCGGCCGUUCAAGUUGAAUACAGCCCUUUCACUCUCGAUAUCGAGGACCCAAAGAUUGCCUUGCUCAAUACCUGCCGGGAACUCGGUGUGGCUGUCGUUGCAUACUCUCCACUUGGUCGAGGACUGCUGUCAGGAACCAUUCGCUCCUACGAUGAUAUUCCUGCGGGCGAUUUCCGGCGUUUGGUACCCCGGUACAGCGCCGACAACUUCCCCAACAUCCUGAAAAUUGCGGAUGGUUUGGCCGCGAUCGGCAAAAAGUAUGACAAUGCCUCUGCGAGCCAAGUUGCUCUCGCAUGGCUCCUUGCCCAGGGCGAGGAUAUAAUUCCUAUUCCUGGUUCGAAAACUAUCAAGUACCUGGAGGAGAACUAUUCUGCGGUGAAAGUAGCCCUCAGUGUCGAAGAUGUGGCUGUGAUACGCAAAUUGGCUGUUGAGGCGGACGCUAGUACAGGAAGCCGCUAUCCUCCUUCGUUAGCCGCCGAACUCUUUACGGACACACCAGUCCUUUGA